CAUCUAUCGCACUCCGCAUUCCUGUCGAGUAGGCUCUCCACGACUGACAGAAUGGCACGGCGCUGACCCUACGAAGAAUCUUUGGAGCUAUUAUGGACACAUCGACUCCUUUGCUUGACACACCCAAACGAGCAUCUCUGCAGUCUCAAGCAGACGCACUUCGUGUCGACCUUAAAGAAUACGAACGAACCUUUGCUGCGAGGAAUGGCGGUCGCAAGCCUGGCAAGGGUGACAUAAAAGCCGACGCAGUUAUUGCGGCGAGGUACAAAGAGUAUAACCGAGUACGCGAUGUGCUUGCGGGGAAACGCGGCAUUGAUGCAUUGAACACACCACGCCUACAUCAGAAUACUCGAAGGCACGGACGAUCAGACAGUGCGAUCAGUCUGACUCCUCAUCGAGGCCGAAAGAGCUUUUCUCCUUCGAGGUCAUUAUGGCAUCCCAACGACAUCGAUCCUUACGACCCACCUUUAUCCAUAUCACCAAAAGUCAUACCGAAGGCCAUUGGGCCAACUCCGCGACGAGAUGGAACUGUGCUGGGCAUAUUCGAUCUGCUUCCUAAUUCGGGAUCAAAGAAAAGCGUCGAGAGCACACCCGGGAGCAGAAAGAGGAAGAUCGACGCGCUCUUUGAUGGUCCUGGCGAGGACGGAUCGCGACAGUUACCAGCGGCUCAAACCCCAAGCCAGAAACCCAGGAAAGCCCGCGAUAAUGGCCAUCUUGGUCUUCAGGCCACUACGCCUUCAACAAGACUCUCAGCUGCUCAGCGCCUACAUUCCAAAACCCCGAUAAGCGAAGGCAAGAAAUUCAUGCUUGAUCAUUUCUUCGCAACCCCCAGUGCUGUCAGAUUUGCGACCAUGAUCAGUGGCGAUGAUGAUACCAAUCCUCCAAUCCAGAGCAAGACUCCGCUUCGUGAUUUUGUCCUCAAGGUUUCUCCUGCAAAAGACACUGAGACGGGUAAUGGAGGACAUGCGGCCGCGAAUGGGAACGACUCCACCCCUCCUUAUCUAAAGCGUUCGUUCUCAUUCAAAGAGAGACUGUUCGCUGCGUCCGGAGCUUCUGCCGGUAAGUCCAGCCCGACGUCCACCAGAACAGGCCCGCGCCGAAGCCUAGGAUAUGGCAGAUGCGCGCCGAAGCCCUUGAGUCAAAUCAUCGCAGAUCUGGAGCAAAGUAAACAGGAGGAUCAACAGCGAAACGACGAAGACAACGAAGAUGACCUUGAUGCCUUGAGGGAAAUGGAAGCGAACGAAAUCAAUGUUCUUGUCAACGAUAGUCAGAGGGUAGUCGGAAUUCUGACAGUGGAUGCCACAGAAGAGGCGCCAGCGCCCAAAGUUUGGAAGAAAAAGGGCCAGAAAAGGACGACGAGGAGGGUCAUCAUGAGGCCGGUGAAAAUGAAGCCGGCUGCGGCACCAAAGUUUGUCGCUGAUGACGAGGAUGAGGAUGAGGAUGAGGCACGGGGUAUCGACGAGAUCCAAGAGAGCGAAGACGAAUUGGCUCUUGCCCUCGAGGAUGCUGGUGUCGACCUGGAAGCCUCGGAAAAGGAGACUCUCACUGCUGAAAACGAACAAUCAGGUGAUGACGCGCUUCAUGAUCCAGAUGCGUCAGACGAGGCAGAUGAAUACAUACCCAGAACUGAGCGACCCGCCAACAGGAGGAAGGCGACAUCGAAAUCGAAAUCCUCAUUGUCUGCCACGAGACUAGAAUCACAAUCCCCCGCCAGUAACCCCGAUGAGCCGUUGACGGGCACCCGGGCAAAGACGAAUCUCAAGUCGAAAGCCUCGCGGAAACCGACGACUAGCAGCAAGGGCCAAGACGAGAAGACGACAACCACAACGACGACGCGCAAAAUCAACCCGAACGCCUACGCGCACAUGAACUUCCGGAGCUUGAAGAUCAAGAACAAAAACUCGAGGGCGAAGCGAGUAGGAGGUAGAUUCUCCCGAGGUAGAAGGUAAAACAGGGGAAGAUGAAGGAGGGUGCGAGAUCUCGAGACCUCGUUCGCAGCACGGCACACUUCGCCGCGUUGCGCACGUUUGGUCUCAAGAAAUUCCGAGUGGAUUGUGUUACGCCGCGAUGGUCAUGAAGGUUGCAUUGUUAUGUUACUGCUGAUGUUGAUAUGGUUGGCAGAGUAAGUCGCCUGGACUGUUCGUGUUCACUUGACCGUUGUGGUCAGAGGACGCCAUGUCCAAGGGCGACAUAUGAAGAUAGAAUGACAGCUAGUCAGCCACCAUUUCGGCUUCUGAGAUCCUGUUUGAUUGGCAUCUCUCUACCUCGCACUUGGGAGUUCCAAGUCGAGCAAUUCGCUCC